UGAGGUUAUGUCCAUAUUGUUUUACAACCUUUGAUUAAAAAUAAUGUUUAAAUUACAUAAACAAUUUUUGAAUAAGUUUAGUAAAUAUGGAUUAUUUAUUAUUAAGCAGGAUAAUAAUAUUAAGCCGAAUCUCAUAGUGAAUCGUUUUGUAACAACAAAACAAGCUAAACCUAAUUUACGUAAUCCAACACAAUCAGAAAGUCAAGAAAUUGGACCUUUGGGAUGGUUCUUAUUGUUAAUUCCAACGACAACAUUCGGUUUAGGAGUUUGGCAAAUACAGCGUAAACAAUGGAAGGAAAAUUUGUUAGCUGAUUUAAAGGCACGACAUGAAACUACACCAAUUCCAUUGCCUGAAGAUUUAAACGAAUUAAAGGAUUUGGAAUAUUAUCCGGUAACAGUCAAAGGGCAUUUUGAUUAUUCAAAAGAAAUUUAUUUAGGACCACGAUCAUUAAUUAUUAAUGGGGAUGCCGCUACACAGAGUAGUUUGAUCUCACAAAGUAAAUUUGGAACUUCAGGGUAUUUAGUUAUUACGCCGUUUAAAUUGUCUGAUAGAGAUUUGACAAUACUUGUAAAUCGUGGAUGGGUUCCAUCAAAUAAAAAAGAUCCACGAACUCGACCUGAAGGGCAAGUCGAUAAGGAAUUGGUCGUAACUGGUAUUGUACGGUUAAAUGAACCACGUCCAACGUUCACACCAAAAAAUAUACCAGAAUCAAGAUCAUGGCUAUAUCGAGAUUUAGAAUCAAUGUGUCGAUAUACAGCUGCAGAACCAAUUUAUAUUGAAGCAAUUACAGAUUGUACAAUUGACGGAGGUCCAAUUGGUGGACAAACAAGGAUUACGUUGCGAAAUGAACAUUUAUCGUAUAUUUUCACAUGGUUUUCGUUGUCAGCGUUUACUGGACUGAUGUGGCAUCGAAUGUUUAUUAGAAAAUUACCUCUAUUAUAAAUUUUAUGGGCAUUUAGAAAUGAAUAAGUUGAAAUAAAGAUUAUUUAUUUUAUCAAAAA